GCCCUGCAGAAUGCAGAGCUGUCAGGCAGACCGGGAGGUCCUUUGCUGCCAUCGGAGCAGGAAUGAGACCAGUAGUGCUUUGUCUGAUGCAAACCGCCUUGCAGUGAAGCGCGGCCUUGCAGAAAGGAAGGGGAGGAGCAUGGAGUGUGGCAUGGCACUGAAGAGAGGGAAAGGUGCUGAGCCAAAUGGCGAGAUCUAUGUGAAAGCUCAUGUCCAGGCUGGAGGGCUUCCUGGAGCAGAAAGUCGCAGCACAGGUGGAAGACCUUCCUCUGCAGUUGACAACCACUCCUUCUCCAAGACCAUUGUUGCAAGAAAGCGUAAGGGAGUGGACGAAGAGGGGCAAAAAGCAGAGCUGUGGCCAGACAAGAAACAAGUGAAGAUGGAGCGCAAUGGGGCAAAGGUUCAGAGCCCAUAUCAGAGCAGAGGCGGUGUGCCAGCUCCCACAGCACACCCUGGACCUACCCCAGCGCCAACUGAACAGUUCCAGACCUCGAAGCUAAGAGCAAGAGGAUGACAGCAAAAAGAGAGGAGAGCGGAAAUGCAGAAGGCUGCUCUGAGAGCUGCUGCUGCACAUGCAGAGCCCUCUGCAAUGAACAGCCUUGUGAAGAUGAUGGAGAAACUGCAACUGAAGGACUAAGUGGAGAAGCAUCAGAAGGUAGCGUCUUCGUGGCAGCAGCCCAACCUGGCACUCUGAGUCUGGUUGCAGUCCAUCAAUAAACCAUUGGAGUUAUGGAUUCACAAA